AUGGAUUUAUUUAACAAGGAGGAAGCGAGCUUCCAGGGUGUGCUGAAAAGGUUGCUCGACGUUUGCAAGUAUCAUAGCAGGUAUCGUGGUUCGAAUUUAGACCCAAUGGUUAAAGUUGGUACUGAAAUGAGUAAAAUUAGCAGCUACUUGAAAUGCAUUUUACUGAAGCAUUCUGCUGCUCAUGAUAGUGUAUCUCUAACUCAAUCCAAUGAGAAUCCAUACAAGAGUCUGUUCAAAGACGUACAACUACUUGAUUUGUAUCACCAUCUUUUGUUUGGUUGUGUACGUUUGCUUUUCGAUGAAGAUAUGCCAUAUUUUAGGAUGAAUUCACAGAAACUCUUUCCCAUGUUAUUAUUCAAGGUCUACUAUAAAUUAAGGGAUGUUUCCUAUGCUACAAAUGAAAUGCGCCUCGGUUCCUUAAUAAGUGCAUUUGUAUACUACUUUAAGAGUAGGUAUGACUUUAUUAGCUGUAAUUCGUUGAAAUAUGAAAGCGUUCGAGAUAUUAUGUCACGUGAGUUUUGCCUGAUAAAUCCUCCGUUAAUUGAUUUGGAACAAGUUGUAAAAAGAGCCUAUUAUAGAUUAGAUAUAGAAAAGUUCACGAUCAAUAAUAAGUUAGUUGAGAUUUUUGAAUUGGAGAGUGGGCACAUCGCGAUUUUUGAGGUUCUUUCUGGCGAAAUGCCUUAUACUUUACAAACCAUAGAUAACCUGUUUCAAUCCCUUGCGUCCGGAAACCAUGAUUUAAUGAAUGUUGGGCGGUCGUUGCUAUUUCGAACAUUUAGGUCCGAAGAUCUUGAUGUCGUCAAAAUUGAUGAUAAUGGGGUCAAACUAAAGACGGCGAUGGGCAACGGUAUCGUGUUAAGGUUAACUUGCAAAGAUCCCAUCCAAUGGCAAGCACAUUGGAAGCAUUCUAUCAAAAAAAAUUUUGAUCCAACUGCUAAGCGUAAAAAUAAGGAAUCUGAGAAUAAAAAUAUUCAACAUUCCGAUGUAAGACAUAACAUGACCAACCAUUUUAGCUCACAAAAAAAUAUUGAUGUGCCUAUUGGCCCUAUUGAACCAUCAAAUACAAUACAUAAUGGCCGCACGCUGCAUAGAUCAACUCUUCUACCUGGAAAUCUGUCCUCCCUAAUAGAAGCGUCUCAGAAAUUUCCCAAGGAAGAGUCGAUAUCAGUCAUGGAUGAAGAGGUAGCUAUUGACAACACUUCAGAUCUUGACACCUCCUUGAAAGAUAUUGAGUCCCUAAGUUGUGAAAAGCUGAUUGAAUUGGAUAGAAGUAUGCAUGUGCCCCUUUCGCCAAAAUAUAUGGAUACACCCACUUUACAAAACGUUAGAACGGCCUCUCAAGUAUUUAGCCUAGAGAGCGUCUCGCCUGAACUGAUAGAGAAUGUUGCAUCUGAAAUUGAUGACACUGAGAGCAUAAUUUCUGAAGAGGAAAAAGGAAAAGGCGGCAAAGACCUUUUCGAUCCAGAUGUCGAUUACUACAAACCAACGCUAUAUCGGCGCAAAUCUUCAUCUCUACUAAGUAUCUUUACGAAAAAUAAAAAAAAUCUAACUAUUGAUAUACCCAAAAAUCCUUCAGGAUCAUUGUUUAGUUUGCCAGGCGAUCAACAAUCGCUUACUCCUGUAUCAGCAAAUUCCUGCGAUGAUCACAUUGAUGAAACAUAUGUAUCAUUUCCAUUGACCGUAGAGGCAUCCACCAGUGCAGUACUUUUCGAAAACGAUUCAGUUAAAGCUUCUCUCUGGAAUGGCAAAUCAUGGGCGCCGUUAAGCAAAGGGAAAAUGUGCCUAUCUUUAAUCUCAUCCAGAGACAACGGGACUUUACUGAUUAUAUAUAAGGACUUCGAAAGAGAGAAGUGUAAAUUAGUAGCGAGAUUAGAACCUAACUGGAAAUGCAACAGGUCAACGGCGCAAGACGUACAACUCCGAAUGUCCUCUUCGGAUCUCAGAGCUAGUGUAUUUGAAAGGAUUGAUGAUAUCACGCUGUCCAUACGCUGCAUACAAGCUGCUAGGUUGAUGAGUGUGUUACAACAUCAGGUGCAGAAUAGCCAAACAUCAUCUCUUUCUCCCUCCGCUACUGCAAGAACUUUGUCUACCAUAGCUUCAUCUUCAUGCUUCAGUCGUAAUGUAACGAGAUCAUCCACAGAAAAAUCAGAAUUGGCUAAUAUGAAAGACGCAUCGGAGAGUAUAAACUCUUCGCUUCUGUUAUCUUCAGUUAAAGUAAGGCAACACGUUAAAACCAAGUCAAACAUCUGGAAACCAUCUCGGGUAGGCUUUACUGACAUCUUUUCCCAGGAAUAUAAAGGCGUUGUGAUUGCAAUAAAAUUUGUGAUUUGUUCUGACGCGGAAGGAACAUUGUAUCCCAGAGAGUAUAAUUCCCGGCUCCAUGAUAUAAAAAGGAUUGGGAGGACAGGACUGUCGUUCGCGGAUCAGGAAGAGGCGUAUUUACUGGAAUUUAAAGAACAGAACGUUGUAGACCACGUUUAUAAACUAUUUAUGCCCUUCAACACAUCUUAG